AAUGUUUUCAUCCAUUGUGGUACACCUGUGCAACGAACACGCUAACUAGCUCAUGAUGUUAUAAAUUGGAUCUUGAAAAUAAUAGUAAUGGAAAUAAUGAUAUACUACACCACAUUGUUAUGUCUGCUGUCUACAUUUGCAAAGACGCAAUAUCCACCCUACUACCAAAAUCAAUUGCGCACUUAUGACCACUACGAUAUAGGACCGAUGGACAAUAUGUAUGACGACUACGAUGACUCCUCAGAAUGCGAAUGUUCCUGUCAAAUUUGCGAAGACAUCAAGCCAUGCUGCAGGAAUGUGUGCGUCAACUGCUUCCAACAACCACAAUCAAGCAUUGUCAUAGUGCCAUACCCUUAUCCUUUGAUCAUUUCAACUAAACAAAAAGAAACCGCUAGUACACCACAAGCUACAGAACAAACUAUUGCACCACAAGUAACAGAACAGGCAGCAACUGAAGCACCCCCAGAUCCAGAACCAAAGAUAGAAACAACUCUUUCAACGACCACUACCACACUAGAGCCUGAAACAUCACCACCAGAACUAUUACGAAAUAAGGAUGCAUAUAUCAACGAUAUUAUAGCUAAAGCGCCACACAUAAAUGAUAGAAAUAAAUUCGUAUUAACGUCGUUACGUCGAACGAAACCAAAUUGGAUGCCGAAGUACGGAAUCGUGCCUAUACCGGAGAAUUUGGCUGAAAAAUUGAUGUUACAGCUACGUAGCAUGCGGGUGUUGCAUCCACGGAAGGAAACUUUCAAAGCUACAGACACGCUUUCAUCGUUGGAAAAAGCUUAA